CUUCAGUUUUAUUUGGAAUUUCGUUGUCUAUUAGUCCUAUCAAUUUUGUCGGACUGCUUUGUGAGUGAUAUUUGUAUAUACAUACAUACAAAAAUAACCUUUAGCAACCGUUAUUCCACUGGAUUUGAAUUUUCGUAUUGUAUAUUGUUUGUUUGAUUCAAAAGUCUUGUGAUUUUUACAAUAGCGACAAAAUAAACGGAAGUUGUUUUUCGAACUGUAUGAGUGAUUUAAUUAAUUUGAAAUAAUUUCAUAUAACUAUUUGUUAAGCUGCACCUAAUCACGCACUUAUUUUGUGUCAUUGUCAUUAGCUAAUGCCACUAAUUACAAACAUCGAGCAAUUAAUCAAGUUUUUCCGUAGUCGUUGUUGGUCUUUGUCGUCGUCUGUCAGUGAAAAGAAAAAUCAAAUAAUUUGCAGGGUCGACUAAAAUAAUAAUUAGCUCAUCCCCCUGACAUCGGUUGACACAACAAGAACAACAAAAUUCAAAAUAAAAAAGGGGUCGCGCUCACUCGCCUUUAUAACAGAAAAUUUUAUGCCAAUAAAAAGAAAACAGAAAGUGCAAUUAAUUUCAAACUUAACAGCGUAUUUAAGAAUAUCUAAAGUUUGAUUUGUAAAUUUAAAUUAAAGUGUCUUUUUGGCUUGGGGUCAAAUUUUUGAGUAUUUAAAACAAGAUAAAAGAACUUGCACCGAAAAUGGCCAUCGCAAUUUCUAGCUUCCCCAACAUAAUUAUUGUAGUUUCAAUUGCUCUUAUUGGAUUUACAAUUACAAAUGGCCUUAAGUGCUACAUGUGCGGCCAAUACAACGAGGGGGUGGGUUCGAUUACACCAUGCCUUAACUAUUCGGACCGAUACGCCCAUCUCUACCUUAAGGAGUGUACAAAGCCAUCUGAAAAAUACUGUGUGAAAUAUGUAAGCGAAUUAUCUACAGUCCGAGAUUGUGCAACCGAAUGUGCCGAAAAAGAAAUAUGGGAAACAAAAACAUAUUGCUGCACAGAAGAGGGCUGUAAUGGAUCUACUAAAUCAGCAUCAUCAUCGAUACUAUUGCUUUUUCUCACAGUUGUUUUUACAACAAUUUUUGUUAAUACACACUGAAAAUUCUACGCCUUCAUUUUUAUUAAUAAAAUAAAUAAAUAUAUGUAAUAUAUAUAAAUAUAUAUACACAUAUAUGAACAAAAUCAACAUCGAAUUAACAGUAACUAAUAUAAUGUUUUAAUAAUAAAUACAAUUAUAAUAUUUCUUUUAUUUUAGACUUAAGAAAUUGCACAACCAGUUAUUUCUGGUGUAAUUAUUGUAAUAUUUAAAAAUUAUGCAAUUUCAAGCAUUUUUUCCAUUAUUAAAAAUAUAAAACACAUACACAUGGGACCUUUAAUAAUUAAAAAAAAAAAUUAUAAAAAUUGCUUGCAAGGUUAUGUUUUUCGAAAUAAUGUUAAACUAUGCAAUAUUGAAUUUAUAUGUUAGCUUUUAUCAAAAUCAGUAGUGAACACUAGUCUUCCCAAAAAUUGAAUAGCAAAUAAACUCACCUAUACACUAAAAAUUUACCAAAAUUUACCAAAAACUUAAUUAAACAAAAUAUAAUCAUUUCAUUGCACAGUAGAAUUUGUAUUCCAUUGGUUUGUUUCAAUAAUGUGAAACCAAUACAAAACUAUUAAAAAAGCUUUUUCUUUUAUUUAAAGCAAUUAAUAUAUUAAACUAAAUUUUAUUUUAUUUUGUAUAAUAAAUUGUUUAUUAAAUAAAUUGGCGUAUCAUUGCAAAUUUAUUAAACUCUUAAGCUUUUGUGAUGAACUGAAAACAAAAAAGAAAUAAAUAUUUUAUGAUAUCUUUCAAUUUAAAAUAUAAAUAAUGUAAUAACUAAAUAUUUUUUAAUUCAAUUUUGAAGUUUAGCAGUAAAAGCUAUCAGUAAAUUUAAUAAAAUAAUAUUUCUUAUGUAUUUUACUCUUAGUUAAAUAAUGUGUUGUUUGAAAGGUUCUCCAUUAUUUAAUAUUUUUACCUAAAAUAAUUUUUUUUAAAGAAAUUAUAAAGACAAACACAAUAACCUAAAUAAAAUUUUAAAAAAAUCGUUCAAACUAGAAUUUAUAGAGUGCUAUAAUGCAAGCUGAAAAAAUAUAAAUUGUUAAUAUGCCAAAUAUUCUAAAACGAACGGUUAAUAGAGGAUAGUCAAAGUAAAAUUUUUAUUAAGUAGUAUAAUAUAACACCAAACAACAGGAAAGCAAUAAACAGUUUACUUACAUACAAAAUAAAUACAAAUUAAAUGUUAUUUAAAUUUAAAUAGUUAUGGAACAUCAUAACUUGAGUACAUAAGAAUUUAUUGUAAGAUAUUAAAACCAAAAUUAUAAAGUAGUAAGCCGGAAAUACAACAAAAAAAAAAACAAAAACAUCCACAUUCUUAUAUGUGCAAAAAAUUCUAAAUUAUACAAUCGUAUAAACUUAUAGUAAAAUUUAUAAUUAAAACUAAUACAAACAAAAAUAUAAUAUCUUAAAAAAUAUUUUCAAGCUAAUUUAGAUUGAGAUUGAUUUUCUAUUUCAUUGAGAAAAGUAUAAUUUGGAGCUGCCGUGAAAUGUUCAAUAUGUUCAUGUUUUAGUUUUCUUUUCUUUUUAAUUUAAAAAUGUACAUUUAAUUACAAUUAAUAGAAUGACAAAUAAGUGUUAGGAUUGAAAAUAGUAAGAACCUAAUGCAAACUUAUGAAAUAAAAUUUUAUUGAUUUA